AUGAGCUUGUGUUGCAGCUUGAAAUGUAUGUUCAUUUUCUUCAACGCACUCUUCCUGGCGUCCGGGGUCGCCCUCAUCACCAUCGGAGCGCUGCAGUACACAACGUACUUGCAGAUAGGCAUUUUCGCAGGGAGCAGCCUGUCUAAAAUAGCGGUAGUCCUCAUCGCGGUGGGUGUCACCAUCACCCUCGUCUCCCUCAUGGGCCAUCUCGGGGCAUUCUUGAAUAAUUCUACUAUGGUGGCCUGGUUCAUCUGCAUCCUGAUAGUGAUCAUCAUGUGCGAGGUGGCCACGGGGGCCGUCUUCUACGUGUUCCGCAGCAGGACUGCUGUGCUUCAGAUGAACGGCGCUAUCAACGCCAAGGCACGAGGGGUGGUGAGCGACUACAGCCCGGAGAGGAGGCACGCCAUCAACAGGAUUCAGGAAAAGUUCAAGUGCUGCGGUGCAGACGGAGGAGACGACUGGUCCAAGAGCGUGGGCUGGGAAAACCACGAAGCCGUGCCAGACUCCUGCUGCGUGGUGAAGAGUGACGGCUGUGGACAGAACAAGGAGAACGCAUACUCAAAGGGUUGCAUCUCGGCCAUCAAACUCUUCCUGCUGAAGAACCUGGUGUGGGUCGGCGCUGUCUGCAUCGCCCUGGCAGUCACAGAGGUUUUCGGAGUAGUCGUCGGGGUCUGCUUGUGUCUGGACAUAAAGCGAAAAAGCUACGAAAACAUCAGCUGAUGUGCCGUCGUGCCACACUCGAGAUGACUUCCCACAUCAGUCACAUUGUUCACUGUUUCAAAUUACAUCAGUUUUAUUUGUAUUUGUCUGUAAAAAAAAAAAAAUGUGACAUCAAGAUGAAAUAUGUGGUAGUUCAUCUGAUAAGAUGACAAAAACUGACACGUGCCUUAGUGCCGCUUUCAUGCCUGCCAAACGUAACUAUUUUACAAGUUGUUUGAAUAUUUUGGAAUCUGUUUUGGUCUAUUACAGUCUCAAGAUCACUGUGAAAACAUUCAAUAAAUGUGUGAUGUAUUCUGGCUGUGGUUCAAUACACCUGACCUAAUAUAUAAAAAAUACAAAAAUAUUUUGCAAGUGCUGUACUUGAGAACACAUUUGAGAUACCUUAUUUGAAUGUUUCCAUUGUAUGUAUCUUUAUACCUCCACUCCACAUC